AUGUCGCUCGCACAAGGCGCGAAGCGCGGUGUACGCAUCAUCGCGCUCCCACUCGCGACACCCGCAAGGCGCACAACGCCAACGCACAACGCCUCGGAUCACCUCACGUACUACCAUUUUGUCACUCCACCUCCACACGAAAGCAAAGCGCAGACCUGGAGUAACUGGGUCACAACGAAAGCAGCACACCUCUGGGCAGGGCUCGGCAAGGCGCCGGACGGUAACUGGAAGCGGAGAGCGUUCCUCUACGGUGAACGGCUCGUCGACCGCCUAGACUUCGAAGAACUCGCCCUAAAGUCUUUUGACACCUCCCUGGGUCCGAAAAUCCUUCCGGUCGGGCGCACCGAUAAGAUAAAACCAAAAGACCAUCCCACAAUCCCUCUCAUUUACCCACCGUCUGCGUGCACGUCGCCCCUACCGCACCUGCGCGCCCUGCUCAAGAAACGCACCCCGCGACAUCGGAACGGCUGCCUCAUCUGGAUCGCCAUUUCCCCAUUUACUGCGCCCUUCAUGCUCAUCCCCAUAAUCCCAAAUUUUCCGUUUUUCUUCUGCGCGUGGCGCGCGUGGUCCCACUAUAAAGCUUUUAAAGCUUCUCAGUACCUCCAGGCCUUCGUCGCCCAGGGCGCUGUCCUCCCGCAGGAGAACGCCGAGCUUGACGCCAUAUACCUGGAGUACGCGCCAGCACCGCCGUCCGCCGCUCAUUCGGACCUCGAUCCUGACGCGUUCGCCACGCCGUCCGCCUCUCCUCCCCCAGACCCAUGCGCAUCACCGGCGAACGCCACGGACGCGGAGCGCGACGUGCGUCCGCGCCUCCUUCUCACGCGCGCAGCCGUGCCUGCACUCGAACGCCUCUUCGCACUCCCAUCUGGCUCGAGCUUCGCGUCGGAUGUAUACCGCGCACUCGAACAGGCACGGCUACGCCUUCAGGCCGAACGGUAA